AUGGCAGCCGCAGCGGUGACCUCGCCGGAUCCCUUCACGUUCCACUGCCCCGUGGCGACAGCGGCUCCGGUUGAGGCUGACGUCGACGAGUUCGAAUUCCACGUCGUGCCAGCCGCCGCGGCAGCGCUCUCGGCUGCCGACGAGCUCUUCUCCGGCGGGAAGCUCGUGCCUUUACACCGACCCGCGCCCGCAUCUGCGCCCUGCUCCCCUCCGCCGUGCCUGGAGGUGGAGCCGGCGUCAGAGCCGACGUCCCCUCGCGCCCCGCGAUGCACUGGGCGGAGGUGGCGCGACCUCCUCCUCCUCGUGUCCAGCUCCAGGAAACCCAAGGCUGCCAGCGCCGGCGGCGGCGGCGACGCCAGCAAGUGUGCGGCGGAUGGGUAUCUGCAGGCGCGACGGGAGGCGCAUUUCCGGCCGCUCCUCUCGCGGGACUCCCCGUCGUCCUCGUCGGCGUCCUCGGUCGACUCGGGCAAGAACGCGCGCCGCCCGCCGCCGUCGUCGUCGUGUUCCCCGCUGCGGACGCGGUCGGCGCCCGUGGCAAACCUCCUCCACCUCAUGUCCAGGACAAGAUCUACGGGCGGCGACAAGGUCGGCGCUGCCGCCGCGGACGCGCCGCCGCGUCCGAAGCGGCAGGAGCAGGCGGCGGCGAGCGCGCACCUGCUCCUGACACGAGCCUCGUCCUCGUCCUCGGCGUCCUCCUCGGACUCCUGCAGGAACCCACGCCCAGGCGCGGGCUCGUGGCGGCCGCGCGGGCCCUCUCGUCCGUCGUCCCGGCCCGCGGUGGCGGCGGAGAGCCCGCGCGUGAGCGCGUCCGGCCGCGUGGUGUUCCGCGGCCUGGAGCGCUGCUCGAGCACGCCGGCGUCGGCGGGCAUCGGCCCGCGCCGGCCGCGGCCCAGGGGCAUGGAGCGGUCCUACUCGGCCAAUGUGCGCGUGGAUCCGGUGAUCAACGUCUUCGGCUUCGGCCACCUGUUCAUGCCGUCGUCGCCGGCCAAGGAGAAGAAGGCCGACAGGGAGAGGGACGUCGCAGCAGGCCGCAGGAACAGGCCGGAGAAGCUGGCCAUGGUGCUGAGAGAUCCACAGGAUUAG